GUUCAUAUACACGCCACACCAACCAGAACCUGUUCAAGUUCAUCGGAAAUGGAGACUAAAAGAGAAGGAUCUGAGAAGAAGGUGAUGGUGGUUAUCGACGAGAACGAGUACAGUUACUAUGCACUCAAAUGGGUUCUCAACAAUCUCAAGGAAUCGAUUACAGACUCGCCUCUAGUACUCUUGGCUCCGUAUUCAACACCAAACUGUAACAACAUACUUGCAGCACAACUCAGUGUCGCUGGCAUUUACAGUCCACUAUCAACCACGUUGGAAUUGAUUAUCUCUAUGCAAGAACGCAACAGGAAGAUCGCAUUAGGUCUCCUAGAGAAAGCUAAGAGUAUUUGUGCUACAAGAGGAGUUAAAGUUGAGACAAUCACUGAAUUGGGAAAGGCUAAAGAGGUUAUAUGCAAGGCGGUUAGGAAGAACGGAAUCGAUCUACUUGUUAUGGGUGACAAUUCCAAUGGAGCUCUCAAAAGGUUCUUUCUGGGGAGUUUGAGCAACUAUUGCUUGGAUAAUGCCAAUUGCCCCGUCUUGGCUGUAAAGGAACCCAAGUAAAAAAAAGAGAAAAACAAUCAGAAGCUUGAAACUAUCAAUGCAAAUUCAUGAACUUGUGUUUAUUUUGUACUGUUGAUCAUCACACUAAAGAAGAGUACAAGAACUGUAAAAUUCUGAUGUUGUUAGAAUUGCAAUCUAUGUCAAGAUUCCAAUAAGUGGAUAU